GCCCUCUUUCAAGAUGGUGCUGUGGCGUCACGUCGCCGGGCAGCCCGUCGCCUCUUCCCACCCUCACCGUCUCUCCUGAAAUGGCGCCUGUCGAGGACAGAAAAUGAAGGUGGGACGGGGGCGGGCAAAGGCACCUCCUUUUGCGUCACUUCCUGCCAGGGAAGAGGGGCUGUGGUCUCCCUCUUUUGCAGAGCUGCGUCCUUGGCGCCUUCGGGGACCGGGUGAGAGUCCUCUCUCUUGUCCCUUGCGGAGCAUCGGGGAGAAUUAAGAGCCCCGGGCUGCAGGCGGAGGCGGCGUGGAGGGACUGUUUAGCUCGUGCAUGGAGGUGGGGGGGACGCGGGGGCUCCAAAUCUAGGAGCAGAGGCUAUGGGGUCUUCUUCUUUUCUUUAGCGAUCCCUCGUAGCAAAGUAAGAUUGCCUUCCAUGAACAUAUUCUUAACAGAGGACAAUUCUGGAUCCACACGUCCUUCCACAGUGGGGACAUAGGUUUCUGGGCGGGAGUUGAUUCCGGUGAGGGUUUGCCAUAAGUGCCUUCUUCUUAGCUCGUUUCACCCUUUCAUCCUGAGUUGAAGAAAAACAUUCUUCAAAGUCCAGUACUCCUUUGGUAAAGGCUGCUCUCCAACUGGUGCGCUCACAGGCCAGUGUUUCCCAGUUGUCGGUGUUUAUACUACUUUUUAAAGAUUUGCCUUGAGACAGUCUUUAAACCUCUUUUGUUGACCACCAGCAUUACACUUUCCAUUUUUAAGUUCGGAAUAGAGUAGUUGCUUUGGAAGAUGAUAAUUAGGCAUCCGCACAACAUGACCAGUCCAACGAAGAUGAUGUUGAAGUAUCAUUGCUUUGACACUGGUGAUUGUUCCUUCUUCCAGUACACUGACAUUAGUUCACUUGUCUUCCCAGGAGAUGUGUAAAAAUUUUCUGAGACACCGUUGAUGGAACCUUUACAGAAGUUGGAGAUGGCAUUUAUAAGUGUUCCAUGUUUCACAAGCAGACAGUAAGGUUGGUAGUACAAUAGCUUUGUAAACAAGCAUUUUGGUGGGGGUGAAACCACACACACCCCAAACUAGCAUUUUGAUUUCUCUACGAAUGUCUCUGUCCUCAAACACUCUGCACUUCAGUUAGGAGAAUACAGCACUUGCAGAGCUCAGACGAUGCUGGAUUUCGGCAUCAAUGUCAGCCCUUGUGGAAAGAUAACUGUCCAGGUAGGAGAAGUGAUUAACACUUCCCAACAUAACACCAUCGAGUUGGAUUUGUGGCGCUGCAGAGGGGUUGUUUUACACUUGUUGGUGCAGCACUUUGGUUUUUUGGAUGUUGAGCGAUAGGCCAAGCUUUUUGUAAGCUUCUGCAAAGAUAUCUAGCAUGGUUUGGAGGUUGUCCUCUGAGUGUGCACACACUACGUUGUCAUGAGCAUACUGAAGCUCUGCGACAGAAGGUACGGUAAUCUUACUCUUUUCUUUCAGCCUGCUCAGAUUAAAGAGCUUUCCAUCUGUUCGAUAUAUGAUUUCUACUCCUGUAGACAAAAAUGACAGUCCAAAUUCCUCAUUCAUCAGUUGCAGUUCUGAUUUCAUUCAUUGACUGAAAACACCGAAAGGCAGGAGCAACCAGGCUGACUCAUCUCACAGAAAUCCCUUAAGGUGCCUGCACAUUUUGCAUGGUAACCUUUCUAGUGUUGUUGUUUGUUAUUUAUACCUCGUCCAUCUGGCUGGGUUUCCCCAGCCACUCUGGCUGGUUUACAGCAUAUAUAAAAACAAAUUAAAACAUCAGAUAUUAAAAACUUCCGGAUAUACGACUGCCUUCAGAUGUCUUCUAAAAGUUAUGUAGUUCUUUAUCUCCUUGACAUCUGAAGGGAGGGCGUUCCACAGGGAGGGUGCCGCUACCGAGAAGGCAGUAGGAGAAAUAGGGGCUUCUCCUCUUCCUUCCUUUUUCACUUUGAAAAGAAAGUUCAAGUCAGUGCCGUGGUAGAGUCCAGGCCUGAUUCCUUGCAAGGCUCAUCCACGCUUGCUGAGGAAACAUUGUUUUCUUCUCCUGACAGUGUAUCCAUUUUAUAACAGAACAAUGUGUUUGUGCUUUGUAGGACUUUUCUAGCACCUCUAAUUUGGACAGACAGAAUUUGGCAGAAGAAGAAACAGAUUCUUUCUGAUCCCUUGGAGGUUUCUUGAGAGCACAGGUGGAUGAGCAAGACUCAGCUGACCCUGGAGGAGGAAGAGGCAAUUUCAUCCUAAUGGGGAGCAGCAGGGGAUUCUGGGAAAACUCUGUGCAGAUCCUGGCUGAGGAGGACACCCUUCGCUCUGAUGUGCAGAGCCAGCAGUUCUGCUACCAAGAGGUCAAAGGUCCCCGAGAGUUUUGCAGUCGACUCUACCACUUUGACCGUCAAUGGCUAAAGCCAGAAAGGCAUACGAAAGCUGAGAUGCUGGACCUGGUGAUCUUGGAGCAGUUCCUGGCUGUCCUUCCACCGGAGAUGGAGAGCUGGGUGAGGGAAUGUGGAGCGAAGACCAGUGCCCAGGCAGUGGCCCUGGCCGAAGGUUUCCUCCUGAGUCAGGCAGCGGAGAGAAAGGAGACAGAACAGCAGGUGAGACUUUCCUCUGAAUACUCCCAAGGUGCUCUGAACAUGAGGUAGGGUAUCCUCAAAUUCUCAACCAAUGGCACAUCUUUUUUGGAAAGCAUCCAUGGAAUGCUAUCUGAUACCCCUAAUGUUUUUGCCUCUGCCGUUCCUUUUCUAACUCUUCUCCGAGUUCUCUGUUUGGAAUACUUGUGGAAGUUCCUGCAUUGCAGAGGGUUGGACUAGAUGAUCCUUGGAGUCCCUUCCAACUCUGUCAUUCUGUGAUUUCAGGGAAAUUAUCUGUUUGCAGAAAUGGGCACGGAUUCCUCUGAAGCAGAGAGGACUCUCUUGGAUACCAGAGAGAGGCCCCUGGGUAAGGAGGAAUGAGUUAUUUCUCUGUUGGGUCACAUUCUGUAGAUUUUGAAACAUAGCAGUGGGUUAUUUGAAUCUUUUGGGGGAAGACAUUUGGGGCCAAAACCUCCAGGAGGGGAAAUGUAUAUUUACACAACUAAAAUAUGAAAUGGGUACAAAAGUCCAUUUCAUAUGUAGUUAGAGAUCCACUACUUAACCUCUGAGAGAAGCAGACUCCCUUGGCUUCCCACGUACCUUUGUCUCUCGCAGGUGACAGAAAGACAUCAGUGAAACCUCAUCCAUAUUUUCAUGGCAACGGAGGGGAAGCGGCAGCUGUGGAACCAGAUCAGGUAGUGGGAAGGAGCAUUGUGGGGAGAGGGGCCGAGGGUGGGGCAGCCAGGUGCCUCUGUGCCCAAGCUUCUUGUCAAACCUGCCCUGAACAAAGGCUAAAAAGGCCAUUUGAGAAGGUUUAUUUACUAAGAAUAAGGAACAGCUUCCUCACCUCAGCUUCCGAAUGUCACUUAUAUUAUCCCUGUCAUUUCCAUUUUCUUUAUAAAGUUAUAAUUGAAUGCUACAACAGGUUUCUAAGAAGUGGAUGAACCAUAAAAAAGAGUGGCCAGGAUUCACCUAGCCACCCCAAUCAGUUGCACAGCAGGGCUUUCCCCUUCUAUCCUCUCCCUUCCCAGGUCCCCAUUCACCCCCUGAAGUCCACUUUAGGGCAUUAGGAGUGUCCCCUGAAGAAUUUGCUGCAAAUGUGCAGCAAAACAAUCCCAUUAAAACAAUGCAGUAACCAACAGGCAGAAAACAACAGAGCAAUGUGUAGUAGAUCAUCUUUAUGCUGUCUAAGUGGAGGACAUUUUCCUUCUCUUAGGGUCCAGUGUGCUUUGAAGAUGUCGCUGUUUGUUUCACAGACGAGGAAUGGGCAUUGCUGGAUUCUGACCAGAGAGCUUUACAUAAGGAAGUCAUGGAGGAGAAUCGUGGGAUCAUGGACUCACUUGGUAAGGCUCCCUGCUGGUUCAUAAUAUCUGUUUUGAAAAUCAAUACAUACCUCUUUGUAACAAACCUCCAAUAUUUUGAUGGAGCUCAACAGGGCUACAUCCCCACAGCUCACCUUGAAUGGAAGGCUGCCUACUGGUUUGUCUGUGAUUAUUCUUCCUCCAGUUGUUAAUAUUAUUAUCAUUCAUUUUGUUUCCCUAUCACUUUAUAUUUUUUUUGGGGGGGGAAUCAAAGCGGUUUACAACCUACAUUACAGAAGAAAGUUAGGCUUGUCUGAACUGCUCAAUCCUUUUAAAAUGUAGCCUUCAGACUUGUUAGACAAAUGGAAGUAGCUUUUGUCACGUUUUAUGUUUUUAUGAAUGCCAAGAGUGUGGAAAGAGCUUUAGUAAGAGCAACCAUCUUCAGUUGGUCCAUUUUCAGUUGGUCAGAGAACUUACUGACCUUUGAGAUGAAGCAGAUUCCAUGAUCGGGUCAGAUCCAACCCAGAAAGAAGCCAGGCUUUUCGAAUUCCAGGUUCCUAUAAAUAUGUCCAUAAAUGCUAGUCAACAAAGGCAGUGAACUCUGUAGGAAGACCUCACAUCUGAACUCUCGUCAGUUCUCCCUCUAUCACAAGCAUUCAUAAGCAUUGUUAAAUAACUGGGGACUCAAUUUCUUCCUGUGACUCUAAUCUCUUUUUCUCUUCAAUGUAGGUGGUGAUAAAUUAGAAAUGAUCAAGGGAGACCAUGGCAGAAUCCACACAAUGAAGAAGCCACAUAAAUAUUCGGAGUGUGGAGAGAGAUUCCGUCAGAGCUCUCAUUCCACUUCCCAUCAAAUAAAUCCCACUGGGAAGAAAUCCUAUCAGUGCAUAGAAUGUGGAAAAAGCUUUGGUCGGAAACGAACUCUCACAGCCCAUCACAGAGUCCACACUGGGGAGAAACCGUAUCAGUGCUUGGAAUGUGGAAAGAGCUUCAGUCACAACAGCAAUCUCACUUCACAUCAAAGAAUUCAUACCGGGGAGAAACCCUAUCAGUGCUUGGAAUGUGGAAAGAGCUUCACUCAGUGCGCAACUUUCACUUCCCAUCAAAGAAUUCAUACCGGAGAGAAACCGUAUCAGUGCUUGGAAUGUGGAAAGAGCUUCCGUCACAGCACUGCUCUCACUUCCCAUCAAAGAAUUCACACUGGGGAGAAACCCUAUCAGUGCUUGGAAUGUGGAAAGAGCUUAAGUAAGAGCUCUGCUCUCACUUCCCAUCAAAGAAUUCAUACAGGGGAGAAACCCUAUCAGUGCUUGGAAUGUGGAAAGAGUUUCCGUCACAGCACCGCUCUCACUACACAUCAAGUAAUUCAUACCGGGAAGAAGCCCUAUCAGUGCUUGGAAUGUGGAAAGAGCUUUGGUCAGAAGGGAAAACUCACUUUACAUCAAAGAAUUCAUACUGGGGAGAAACCUUUUGAAUGCCAAGAGUGUGGAAAGAGCUUUAGUAAGAGCAACCAUCUCACUUCCCAUCAAAGAAUUCAUACAGGGGAGAAACCUUAUGAGUGCUUGGAAUGUGGAAAGAGCUUCACUCGGAAAGAAAGUCUCGCUUCCCAUCAAAGAACACACAGCGAGGAGAAACCCUAUCAGUGCUUGGAAUGUGGAAAGAGUUUCAGUCGAAAGGAAACACUCACUUUCCAUCAAAGAAUUCAUACUGGAGAGAAACCAUAUCAGUGCAUGGAAUGUGGAAAGAGUUUCAGUCACAGAGCUAAUUUCAUGGCCCAUCAAAGAACUCACAGCGGGGAGAAACCAUAUCAAUGCUUAGAAUGUGGAAAGAGCUUCCGUUACAGCAGCAAUCUCACUGUCCAUCAAAGAACUCACAGCAUGGAGAAACCAUAUCAGUGCUUGCAAUGUGGGAAGAGCUUCCAUCAGAGCAGCGCCCUCACUUCCCAUCAAACAAUUCACAGUGGGGAGAAACCAUAUCAGUGCUUGCAAUGUGGAAAGAGCUUCAAUCACAGCAGCACUCUCACUUACCAUCAGACAACUCACAGAAGAGAGAAGCCAUUUAAAUGCCAAGAGUGUGGAAAGAGUUUCAGUCAUAAGGAAAGUCUCACUUCCCAUCAAAUAAUUCAUACAGGGGGGAAACCCUAUCAGUGCUUGGAAUGUGGAAAGAGCUUCAGUCACAGAACAACUCUCACGGCCCAUCAAAGAAUUCAUACUGGGGAGAAACCUUUUCAGUGCCAAGAGUGUGGAAAGAGCUUCCGUCAGAGAUCAUCUCUCACUACCCAUCAAAGAACUCACAGUGGAGAGAAACCAUAUCUGUGCUUGGAAUGUGGAAAGAGCUUUAGACACAGUCGCACUCUCACUUCCCAUCAAAGAAUUCACAGUGGAGAGAGACCAUAUCAGUGCUUCAAAUAUGGAAUGAGCUUCACUGGCAGUGACAACCUCACUUCCCAUCAAAUUCCCAAUGGGGAGAAACCAUAGCAGUUGCUGUUUACAAAUUUAAAUAUAUGAAACUUUAAUUAGUAGGUGGGUGAGUAUUGCUAUGGUGUUUGUAUUAUCUAACAUUUCUUCAUACUACGUGCCCACAUCUGUGAGGUGCAAGUCACUGGCCAAGCUGUUGGAAUACCUUCUUCACAUCACACCUGGGGAAGAGAGUCAUGCAUGAUUUGGCAACACUGAUGAGUUUGCCUUCAAUCAGUGCCAUCUAGUUGUGUACUGAAUUGACCCUCCCUCCUGUCAAUAUCAAUAUUGCCUUACAAAACUCAGAACCCCAGAAAUGUGGGGGGAGUUGUGUAAACGUGUGUUUACACAAUAACAGUUUGACAAGGAGUUGUGAGCCCUACAUUGAAAUCCCCGAGGUUUGACUCUUACCUUAAAGCCUCUUGCAGCAGAGUUGAAUAGUUUGAACAGCAAUACAGCAGGGAUAAAGGACUGUGAAGCCUAUAUUAGGAAUCCUUUCUGGGCACUUGGGAUUUGCUACCCCGCCACUUCCCUUUUUACUACUAAUAAGAUCAGGCUUUCAAGUAAGCAUAAAAGUUUCACCUGCAAUAAAUCUAGUGUUCUUCAAAUCAGUAUGAAUAUAAGCAAAGGCACAGCACCUCUUAGAUUAAAAAUUACAGAAGUUAAGAUGAAGAUCCUUUAUGUGAGCCUGCAGAGUAGCCACACGUCCUUCCAGGUUGAGAGCAUGGUAAGGAAGAGAAAUAAAAAAUUGAAAAAGACAAAUAGACCUUUUUACUCCUGCCCUUGGAGAGAAGAGGGACCAACACCAAUCUGAACCUUGUAGCCUUCUCUAAGAUGUAAAGACGGCGGUUCUUAACCCCUUGCUUACUGGCAAUCUAUUCACAGUUGUAUUUGUCUGCAUUAAACUUCACACAAUAAAUACAGUCGAGUGAAGAAGUGUUUUCGAUAUACCUCUAACUCAACAUAUUUAUAAUGUGUAGUCUUCUGUUUCCAGUUGCUUCCAAGCAAUGCUAUUGGCCUGAUAGCAUUCCAAGGCCACCACAGAAACAGAGUGAACUAAAUGUUCUUAAAAGAACAAGGAAUAGAAGGGGAUUCCACAGCAUUAGUACCAAAAUUCUAAGAAUUUUGCAAAACCAGUCUGUUCUAAUGAAUUCCCCUUAAAGAGAUAAUGUCCCAGGCUUUGCAUGGAGGCGAAGAGUGUGAGUUACAUAAAGUUAAGGGCCCACAGAUGUCACUGCCAAUGACUUGGAUAAAUUGGUUUGGGCUUCAAGCGCUCAACCAUACAAUUCAAAUUCUGGCUAAAUUCUCACAUGAAACAAUUAACCAAAUUCAAAUUCUGGCCUUAAGCCCUAUACCUUUGCUUGCAUGACCCUUCAAAUAUAUAUUUUUAACAGUUGCCAACCAAAGGGAAGCAUGUAUCAGUUAAAACUCUCUGGAGCUAAAACUUAUUUACCCUUUGCAAAUGGUUUGGAAACUACGGCCUCACUUAUUGCAAGGAGCUUCAUUGCCAGGGACAGCUGGAUGGGAAGUAAAACAGGGACACCUUUUAAUUGUCAAAAUAAAUGUUGGACUUUAACAUUAAAAGUCCAACAUAUGUGAGGUUAAAUAUGCCUUAAGCCACCCUUGCCGCCCACAUUCUUUACUAGAACUGUUACAUUGUCUGAAAUAACAUGCAUGUCCAGCUCUCACGUGUAUUCACACACAAUGAAGAGGCUUUGGGAUCUUUUGCUAGAGGCAUAAGAUGCAUCCUUUUAUGAAUAUGUGUUUGCCUUUAACCCUACACCAACAAGAAGUUAUUACAUAGGGCUUCCAUUUCCAGUAGUGAACACGGGAUGGGGCUCUCCCAGGUUCUCCAAAGCCCCAGGGGGGUGUGUGUCCUUGGAUGAAGAUAUUGGGGGCAGGCUAGCACCCCCCUUAAUCCUUCUGAUGAAAUUGGGGAGUGUCAUAAACUUGCAGACACCUUAUAAUGUCUGCUUUGGGCUUGGAUGGAGCUGGAAAACUUCACUGAGAAAGGAGGGGCAGGGUUCUGUCUUUUGGUGUGACUCCAUUCUCGAGAAAACCUCCGUCAACAACCAUGUUUGCUGUGAAUCUCCGUUGAUUUCAGACAAUUGGACUAAAGUGAAGAGGUGCCCCAGCCUACAUGAUGUUAACCAAAGCUGCUGGAGACUAUUUGACUGUUAAUUGAAGGCUUCGUAAGAUGCUAAUUUCUGCUGUGAGGGGUAUUGAAAAUGGGAGGGUGGAUGGUUUCUUCGUAUAAUUUUCUUCUUAAGGAUUUUUGCAACUAACCCCUGCCGAGCAAUGGAAUUGUAAGAAUUUAAGAAGAGCGGACCUUAAAUAUAAAUUAACUUUGCCAGCUAAAAAUUUAUGGAUCCUGUAUGCAAAUGAAUUAUUGGAUGGUGUGUGUGAAAAUCUGCCUGGCUAAAGGGGAAGGAAAGGGUCAUUUAAAUACAAAUGUUUUUAAGGAAUUAGUCCUUGUCCUGUACAGGCUCAUGGAACAAAAAGAUGUAAUAGAAACUAGAGUAAAGCUGGCUUUAGAGACGAUGGACCAAAGCAUUUGGCGUGAGAGCGUGUGAAGCAGCGUUUAAAUCCCAAACUGUUGUAACAUUAUAAAAUUGGAUAGACCUGGUAAAGAAUAAAUAAUCUGAAAUUGUGAAGUAUAGAAGAUGGCUUGUAUGGACCUAACUGAGCAUAGGGGAGAGGAUUAAGAAAAUUUUAAAAUAUAUUUUCACGGCAAUAAUGUUCACUCCCCCUCCCACCUGGUAUUAGGCAAGGAGGGCAAGAACAUGGACAGACCAGAAGCCUGGGAAUAUGAUAUCACCAGUGACCCUUUUGCUAUAUAACAGUGAGAAUCAGGAGAUCCUGUGGAUUGUUUGUGUGUGUGAAGAUGGAAUGGGAUGCUGCGGCUGAAGAGGACUUCUUAUUUACCAUCACCAGUCAGACAUGUGCACAUGCAAAACGCCAGGAGAAAUAAGUUGUAUUUGUGGGAUAUUGAUGCAUAACCAGUGAUUUUUGUAGGCUGACAAAGUGAAGAGUAACUCUAUUUGACAUUUUGGGAAUAUGUUAUAGUAAAAUAAAAGUCUAUGCAGGAAUUGAAAUGUGCACAGUGGUGUCUUGUUUCCCGAACGGCUUAGUUGUUGAACAAAUCUGCUCCCAAACACUGCAAACCCGGAAGUAAGUGUUCUGGUUUGUGAAUGUUUUUCAGAAGCCAAAUGUCCAACAUUGCUUCCACUUGAGCUCCUGCAGCCAAUUGGAAGCCGCGUCUUGGUUUUUGGAUGGUUUCGGGAGUCAAACGGCCUCCCAGAACAGAUUAAGUUUGAGAACCAAUGUACCACUGCACAGCCAAUGGGAAAUGAAGAAAGGGAAAAGAAUAAGUGAUAAAAUAUUUUAAGUAUUGAAAUGAAAUUAGGAAAUGUAUGCUAUAUUGAGCAGUGAGUAAGGGAGGAAAGAGAAACAUGGAUCCUGGGUGGGAAGUCAACUUUUAAAUCUGUAUUAAAUUUGUAUUAAUUUGAUGUUAACUUGAUGUUAACUUGUUGAAAACGUUGAAAAGCAAUAAAAAUUAAUUGGACCAAAAAUGUUUUUACACAGAGG